AUGCUCUCUUCUGCCCCACCUCCAAGCCCUCAGAACGCGCCUAUGGCUAGUGGCCAUGCUCAUCCUGAACCUGUCGAGUCUUCGUCGGAAGCAUCCCCGCGAGAUCACCGAAGCCGUGGCAAUAUGCAGAAAGGUUCUCGUGCCCCAAGCAAGAAGAAGUCAGUCAACUCUUAUGAUCGGUCUGUGGUGCGUGGUACGAGCUCCAUCCAACCACCUGCGACACCCUCGUCCGAUGAUCAAGGGCAGCAGCGACAGACAAACCUCGUGGAAGUUACUCCGAAAGCUCACAAAUAUGGGUUCAUAUGCAAAGGAGGAGAGAUCUCUAUAAAGACAGGUCAUGGUGUUGAGUGGCAAAUAUCUGAGGUAGACUUCCGCAAAUCGUCCAAACAAUUCGCUGCCAUCUUGGACGAUGAAAACAGCAAGCCGAUCCAUCUCACGAAAAAGGAUGUGGAGGAAGGAAAGACGGCCAUUUGGCUGAUCGAAAUGAUUCCGAAUGUUCAUAAGCCCGAUGAUCUGGGUCUGAGAACACUUAAGCUCUUCGAUGGAAAGAAAGGGAAGGGUAGAUUGAACUGGGACGAUCUCGAAAACCAAGGCAAUGCCAAUUCCCCAUUCAAUUCAAAUUACGACAUAUUCUUCCGUAUCAUUUGUGGCAAGACUCGCAAUCUUACCGAUAGCAUUGGCUCGGAUUUAAACGACUCUCGCAAAGACAACGAAUUCAUCACGAAUGUACUGAGCGUCUUGCUUAUUGCAGAAGAGCACGAAGCGACGGCUGCUGUUGCCGGCUUCCUCGAAAUGAAUUUACUUCGAAUGGGCAAACGAUUAUGGUACUAUAUUUCUACAAAUCCGAAAAAGUGGCUUGGCAUAGCAGCUCGUCUCGAGUCUCCAAUCAUGUUCAAGGAGGCGAUGUGCCAUGCUGUGGGAAAGAUCGAUGCAAAACAACCCAUUGAUCGGACCUUCUUUGAAAACAAGGGCAAACUGUACGAAAAUAUCCUCCAAAUCAUGACUAGGAAGGUCCAUGAACUCUUGGCACUCAAGAAGAGGGUCGAAUUGGAGUUGACAAGCUUUUGGCCUAUGCGCAUGUACCACCCUCCAGAUGAGGGGUACGUCCCAGAUCGUGGCGUCUACACCUCUGACAUUUACUUGUAUCAAUGUCGUUCCCUCGUCAUGCAAUAUAUUGCUGGUUGUUAUGCUAAUGGCUGGCAUUCCCCAGCUGCCGAUGGAGGCAUUCGGUUCUACCAGACAAUCAGACACGGAGGUAAUGCUUACUGCACCGAGGAUCAGCUAGAAAAUUUCCGCGCCCGGUUUGCUAUGUCGACAAGAGCUCUGGAACCAUUUAAUCAAGCAAUGGAAAUCAUGAAAUCGGAGAUCAAAGGCUGCUUGGAUCCUAUCAUGGACGACAAGUCUCAGGGUUUCACCAAUCCGGAUGCUAAGUUGGGAUACCUAACCUGUACACUUACAACGGAUGACGAGUUGCCAUGGAAACUUCCGUUAGAUGACUUUUAG